GAAUCACAGAAGCUCCCACAAGCUGUUCAAAAGAAGUACCUGUUCAUGAACUGAAGCAAUCAGAUGACUGCGUUGUAGUGAUCUCCUAUAUUUUUUGAGCAGAACAUUCUGUGUUCCUAAGCUGGAAGAUCAGUACCAUGGAUGAGAAGACAGCUCCAGAGCAAGCAAACGGCCAUGCUACCGUGCCAUUUUCGGGCAAAGGCCCAGGGUUGCAUUUUGUGAAGAAACUCUCUAUUUCAAAACUAAAGAUAUUUCUCGGGGCUCUGGCAUUUUCCUUUUUUGCCAAAGGAUUCACGGGAAGCUACACAAAGAGCAUGGUAACUCAAAUUGAGAGGAGGUUCGAAAUUUCCUCCUCCAUCAAUGGCCUGAUUGAUGGAAGCUUUGAGAUAGGAAAUUUAGUGGUGUUGAUCCUGGUGAGUUACCUUGGCUCAAGAAUUCAUCGGCCAAAGGCCAUUGCGAUCGGGUGCCUCAUCAUGGCCAUUGGAGCAUUCAUUGCUGUGACCCCUCACUUCAUAAUGGGGCGUUACAAUUACAACAGUGUGGCCCUUUUGGUGGACAAUUCUUCUACAAGCGUGGCUGCCUGUGUACCUGCAUCGCCUCCUACCUCUGCUGUGGAUAACAUGGAUAUAUCUCAAAAUGCAACUCGUCUCGGGUGUGAAAAUCACAGAGCUUCCUACCUCUGGCUCUUCGUUCUCUUCGGGAACGUUUUACGUGGAAUCGGCGAAGCUCCUAUCAUGCCUCUGGGGCUCUCAUACAUUGAUGAUUUUGCCAGAGAAGAAAACUCCGCGCUUUAUAUAGGAGCUGUGAGAUCAUCUGGGUUGUUUGGACCAACUGUUGGAUUCCUUCUUGGAGCCUUCUGUGCUGAUAUGUGGGUUGACAUUGGAAGAGUAAAUGCUGAUACAUUGACGAUAAAUUCGAAGGAUAUCCGUUGGGUUGGAGCCUGGUGGCUCGGACUGUUGGUAUGUGGAGCUGUCAGUGUUUUGGCCUCUGUCCCUUUCUGGUUCCUGCCUCGGUCUUUGCCAAAAGAAGGAGAAGAAAAAAAUAUUAAGGAGAAGCCAGGCGAUAUCUAUACAAUCACCCAAGAUAACCAUGGCAAAAUGGAGGCACCAACGCAGCCCCCGCUGCAUGUUUUGUCAGCAGUAAAAGGUUUCUUUCCCUCUGUGAAGAAACUCCUUGGCAAUGUUCUCUUCCUGGUCUUUUUGGUUGCCAAUACCCUACAGUUCAGUUUUACAAUUGGCGCAGCAAGUUAUCAACCCAAGUUUAUGGAGCAGCAAUUUAACAUAUCCGUUUCGAAAGCCAUCUUUUUUAUUGUGUUGUUUUUCUUGCUUGUAAAGAAAACAAUUGGGAGAAAAGAGACUGACGCCACUGAAAACCAAAGGCAUGAAGACGGCAACUUGAAUGAAGACUCAAAGCCACAUGGUGCCGAUUCUGUGGCAGCUCCUUUAGAGGCAGACAAAGAGACUUCCAUGUAA